CGCGCAAGGAGCUGCACGAGGCGCCUCCCAGGGAAGCCGGGCGAGCGCUAGCCGGGAGAGGGAGAGCGCGGACGCCUCCUCCUCCUCCUGGACGUGGCGCCCGCCCCCCGGGCUCCUCCUCGCCGCGGCGCCGCCACGGCCGGCGAGAGAUGUUCACCCGCGCGGUGAGCAGGCUCAGCAGGAAGCGGCCCCCGUCAGAAAUAAACGACAGCGACAGCAAGCCAAGCAGCAGCCACCAAAGUUUAAAUGGCACUACAAGAUGGGCGACAUCGCUAGAAAAUUUACUAGAGGAUCCAGAAGGCGUCAAGAGAUUUAGGGAGUUUUUAAAGAAAGAAUUUAGUGAAGAAAAUGUUUUGUUCUGGCUAGCAUGUGAAGAGUUUAAGAAGAUAAAAGAUGAGAAACAGAUGCAAGCGAAGGCAAAUGAAAUUUACAUGACUUUCCUGUCAAGUAAAGCUUCUUUUCAAGUUAAUGUUGAAGGGCAAUCCCGUUUGGAUGAGUCAAUAUUGGAAAAACCUCACCCUCUAAUGUUUCAGAGACUUCAAGACCAGAUUUUCAGCCUCAUGAAGUACGACAGCUACAGCCGCUUCUUGAAAUCAGAAGUGUUUCUUAAGCUGAAGCAGACCGAAGAACAGGAAGAGAAUUUACCAGAUGCUCAAACUGUAGCGAAAAGAGCUUCUAGAAUUUACAACACAUGAUUGAAACAACAACAAACAGUAGAUCCCACUGAGACUACAAUAACCAAAUGAGUUCUCAGGAUUAGUCUGUGAGGUUAACACAACUGCAUUUCAAGCUUGGAAAACAUAGAACCCUGUUAGGCGAUGCUUAACCUUCGUUGCUUGAAUGACAUAACUGUUUUUGCAUAAUGGCUACCACCGAAACCCUUGGCCAAGGCAGUUAUACUAAACCCCUAAAAGGACUGAAGGACUCAAGAGUAAUCUGUGAACAGAAAACUCGGUUAUUUUUACCUUCUGGUUUUGAUACCGUUCCUUGUGAAUCAUUAUUAUUUUUUAAGUGGGGAUGUAGCAUAAAAUUGUGAUAAGUUUAAAAACACAGGUAGUAUGAGGGAGAGGCAGUAUACCUGUUUUUUAAAACACUCUUAGAGCCUUGUGUAAAUAGACUUUCCACUUUUUAAGCUUUAACUGUUAUUUGAGCGGGUUCAAAUUCUGCCUAAAUUUUGCUUAAACUGAAGUAAAAGAAAAUGAAUUGAAAUAUUUUUCUGAUACUGACAAGAAUAGAGAAGCCUCUAUUAAGGGAAGUACAAAGGCAGGAGACUAUUCCUCUGAGGCAUUAGUUUAAAACCAUGCCUACCUUUUUCCCCCUGGAACUAAUCAAAAUAAUUGAAAAACAAUCAUUUUCUCUAUCUUUGUAAUACAACACAUGCUAUUCACUCUAAAAGCUGCUUUCAGAAUGGCUUUUGUAGGGUUUUCUGUGGCUUGGUUUUAAAUCUAUUUGUGCUAGGGAAAGAUUGCCUAUUUCUCCUGUGAACCCUUAUUGUUCAGGGUUCUUACUUUUUCUCCCCCUUCUUUGUUCUGAAACUGAGACUCCCUAACUGAAUUUCAAGAAGAGUGUUACUAAUUUUGUCAAACAACAGCUAGCUUACUGCUGUAACAAACCUAGGCCACAAAUUACCUUUUGUCUGCAUUCAAAGUACGCUUAGACUUGGAGACUGGCCAGUAGCAUCCUUCUGCAUUAAUCUACCCAGAAAGACGAAAUGCAAAGCUAGUGCCUCACCCAGUGAGUGUCUAUUUCCAGCUCAACAGCAAGUAUGAACUAGCUUUUAAGCCUUGUGUACUUGUUCCAAGGAAUUCUGUCUCAGUUGCCAAAAUUUGUUUCUUUUCUUUUGUACAGACAUUCUAACCAGGUUUUAUUUUCACCUGCUUUUGUCCUAAACUUGUUUGUAUAUUCUGCAGCAGCGCACUCCCUUAGCAAUCAAAACAACCCCUCUCCAAGUUGUGGAACCGGUCUGCACAUCACAUCACAUCAUAGUUUAAAGCACGCUAUGGUUUAAUGUGAAUGAUCCACGCCAUGAAUUAAUGUUAAUGUUGGUGCACGCUGCUCACAAGGUGCUCCUGUCCUGGUUUGUUUCCCACAAGCAAAACACAAGCUGUAAGCCAAGGAGAGAUGUUGGCUCCUGCUCAUGGUUUGUUUAGAUAGAAACUAUCCACAAACCUGGGUUCAAGUGACAUGACUGACUUUGGGGGGGAAAGGAGCAUCGUGGAAACAUUUGAGUUAUAUGCACAAGCAUGAUGCUUAUUCACAUUAAACCAUAGCUCAGUUUUAAACAGCAGCUUAAUGUGAUAUGUGGACCAUGCUGCAGACUCUGCUCAUAUUGGAUUUCACUCUACGUGUGAUUUCCCCCCCUCAAAAUUUGCAACUCCUGCGACCAGCUUGUCUGCAGUUAGAAAAAUAGUACCAUAAACUUUGGAGGGACCAGCUGUCAUCCUUUUGGCUGCUUAAGAAAGACCUGUGUGUUGUGUGGGAAGGCAGGAGUGAGGAAACAGAGGCAAGGGACCACCCACCAUUCACUCCUGUGAAGAGACCAUCAGUCAGCCCAAGAGGAGUCUGAUUUUUUUAUAUAUUAUAACAUUUAUUUGGUUUAUUACUUUUUAUAUUGUAAACUGCCUUGGGUGCCUUGGCAGUAUAUAGAUGCAA